UGAGUCGUUGGUAACUUGCUCCUUAGCUUACAACAUUCCAAGUGGGAAACUAAAUUCGAAACAAAAUCGACAUUCCAAAACCCAAAAACUGAUGAGCCUAUACACAGAAUGGUCGCUCACAGGUAUUAUCUUAUGUGAGGUUCGGUUCAAAAUUCAAGAGACAAGUUGCCGUGACACAUCCUGCCCGAAAACCUCUCCCACUUUUCUGCACACAUUUGUAUAAAAUUUAAAUAUAUAAUACGAAUCAAAAGGCUGGAAUUGACAUAAAUACGUUUGCAUUGCUAACGAGAAGCAUUAAUCAAAAUAUAAAAUAAAUAAAAUGCCAAUUGGAAGUAUUAUAAAAAAGGCAUCCAACUUGAUACUCGGCGAGGAAAGGUCAGAUGAAAAAAUCGAUAUCGCUUACGAAGACAACGAAAUAUUAUUUUGCAAGAAUAAUGUGUGCAUUCAUCCGCCGACCGUUGCUCGCCAAGAAUCCGACAUACUACACUAUCCCGGCUACUUGACGUGCACCACGAAAACCUUCAUAGAUCAGUAUAAUAGCGCCAAAAGACCCACACUCCUGCUCACAUGGAUACCAAAUAGUUCGCUCUGCAAAUGCAAUUCGAUGUCCUCCGCCGGCGAUGCGGACUCGUUGAACAAUCGAAAUGCGGAUAUGCUGCCCACUAACGGUCACUUCUCGCCCACAUCUCAGGUGGCGGUGACCGCGCCAAAGAUGAUUGACGAUUCGGAGCAGGAAAUGGGCAUUCGUGCCGAGGAUGAAAGCGUUGCAGAAAUGCAGGAAUUAAAGAAUGAAUUGCAGCCGCUACUCGGUGGCCAGACGGCCUCCAUCGGUGACUUGGCUGUGCUGCUCAAAAAGAAUCCUAUCACAUCGGUUAACAUAACGAUCUCUAAUCCCCAAAUCGAGAAUAGCAAUAUCUCGCAAUCGUACAAUUGCAUCCUGGCCUCGCCCGAGAGCAGUGACGGCAGCAAUGGUUCCCAUGGCGGCCGUGGGCAACAGGCGCAUCAGAAUCAGGUGAUCAACUCGGAUGGUUCGGUGUCCGACGACAACAAUCCGAACUGGAUGACACCGGAACUGCUGGCCUUUAAGCAUAAUCUGGUAUUCCCGGAGAGCGCGAAUGCAACGCCAACUGUACGCCGUAAGGCCGUAAUCCGGGGCCGUCGCUUCUCCGUUGAUCUCAGUCAAAUGCGCUCGUUGCGUCUAUUCUUCAACGAUGACAAGUGCACUUCCGGGCAACUGGUGAUUGCAUCGCGCGAAUCCCAAUACAAGAUACUCCAUUUCCACUACGGCGGCUUGGAUCAUUUGGCACAGGUGCUGCACCAGUGGCACUGUUUCCUCCAUAAUAUCACGCUGGCGCCGGGACAGGAGAAAUCGAAUUUGCCGUAUCGACAUUUUAUGGUUUGCCGCCCCGAAGUCAAGCAGUCCGAGAUGCAUCCCGACGAGGGCAAUGUGAAGCGAAUCACCACAAAUUUCUUCUAUGGCACCCUGCUUAACGAGAAGGGACAGAUCGAUGAUGAUUUGUUGCUGCGUAAGUGCGUCUUCUUUGGUGGAUUGGAGAAGAGUCUGCGCAAAACCGUUUGGCCCUUCAUCCUCAAAUGCUACUCGUUCUCAUCCACCUUCGAGGAUCGCGCUGUGCUCAUGGACAUUAAGCGGCAGGAAUACGAUGAAAUCACACGCAAACGUCUAUAUUCCAUGUCGCCAGAGCAGCAAGUCCAGUUCUGGCGCACGGUCCAGUGUGUCGUCGAGAAGGAUGUGGUGCGCACGGAUCGCACGAAUCCCUUCUUCUGCGGCGAAGACAAUCCCAACACCGAAAUGAUGAAAAACAUUCUACUCAAUUUUGCCAUCUUCAACACGAGUAUAUCCUAUUCGCAGGGCAUGAGCGAUUUGUUGGCACCGGUGCUGUGCGAGGUGCAAAACGAAUCGGAGACAUUCUGGUGUUUUGUGGGUCUAAUGCAGCGGGCGUUCUUCGUCUGUACUCCGACGGACAACGAUGUGGAUCACAAUCUGAGCUACCUGCGCGAGUUGAUAAGACUCAUGUUGCCGCGCUUCUACGAGCACCUGCAGCGGCACAAUGAGGCCAUGGAGUUGCUGUUUUGUCAUCGCUGGCUAUUGCUGUGCUUUAAGCGGGAAUUUACCGAGGCCGUCGUCAUACGGAUGUGGGAGGCUUGCUGGUCAAACUAUCUCACGGACUACUUUCACUUGUUCCUCUGCCUGGCCAUCAUCGCCGUCUAUGCGGAUGAUGUCAUUGCUCAGAAUUUGCGUGCCGACGAGAUGCUUUUGCAUUUCAGCUCGCUGGCCAUGUACAUGGAUGGUCAGUUGAUAUUGCGCAAGGCACGCGGCCUGCUGUAUCAAUAUCGACAGCUGCCAAAGAUUCCGUGCACCCUGAGCGGUCUGUGCAAGCGUUGUGGUCCUGGCAUGUGGGACUCGGAGCAUCGACCGGCUUUGGAGUGUGUCGGGCAUACGGAUAACGAGAAAUGCUCAUUGGGCAUUGAUUAAUUUAUGUGGCUUCUACUAUUGUUGUAUAUCGAGUUACUCUAACUUAUUUAUACAUAUUAUAUUAUAUUAUAUUAUAUGUAUUACAAUUACCAAUAUAUGUUAUGAUUGAUGAAAGCUUUCAAGCGAGUGCUUCUAAAUAUACUAAAUUAAAUAUGCCUAUGCUGAAUAA